AGGCGGCACUAACUGGCACUGAUAGGUGGCACUGAUUGGCAGCACUGAUAGGUGGCACUGACUGGCACUGAUGGGUGACACUGAAAGGCAGCUCAGAUGGGCACUGAUAUGUGGCAUUGAUGUGGCACUGAAAUGUGGCACUGAUGGGCACUGGAAGGUGGCAUGGAUGAGCACUGAGAGCUGGCACUGAUGGACACUGACAGGGCACACUGAUCAUCAGUGCUCUGAUGAUCUGUCUGUGAUUGGACACAGCUGAUCACAUGACGGAGCCGACAUCU